AUGCAGUAUUCAGAGUAUGUGAACAAACCCGCUGUAAUAUUACGCUUAGAGGAGCCUAGCCCCCAAAACACCCUGCAUCACCCAGAGCCCCAAAGAGCCCUCAAGAACCACUCUACAAUACACAGAACCCCUAAAGAGUCCUCCUGCUUCACCCAGAGCUCACAAAGAGCCGUCAAGAACCCUCCUGCAGGACCCAGAGCCCCCCUACAUCACCCAGAGGCCCCAAGGAACCCCCUUGCAUCUCCCAGAGCCCCAGAGCCUCAGGAACUCCUUGCAUCUCCCAGGAGCCCAAGAGCCCUCCAAGAACUCCCCUGCAGCACCCAGGGCCCCAAGGAGCCCCGAAGAACCCCCUACAUCACCCAGAGCCCCCAGAAACCCCCUUGCAUCUCUCAGGGGCCCCAAAUUGCCCUCAAGGAGCCCCCUACAUCACCCAGAGCCCCACCAGGCCUCAAGAACCCCCUACCUCACCCAGAGCCCCAUGAGCCCUCAAGAACCCCACUACAUCACCCAGAGCCCCCAUGGAGCCACUCAAGAACCCCUCGCCUGCCCAGGGCCCCCGCAGAGCCCUCAAGAACCAAUCUCGCUUCACCCCAGAGCCCCCGCAGAGCCCUCCAAGACAGUCUCUACUUCUUGGAGCCCCCAAAACCAAUCUGCAUCACCCAGAGCCCCAGGCCCUCAAGGAGACCCCCUGUUUCCCCAGAGCCCAAGAACCAGUCUGCAAUACUAAGAGCCCAAGGGGCCUCCUGCUGCCCAGAGCCCCCAAAGAGCCCCCUACUUCACCCAGAGCCCCCAAAGAGCCCUCAAAAAGCACUCUACAAUACAAAGAGCCCCUAA